AUGAUCACAAUCAAGUCGUUCAAGAGGAACAGGUACACUGAGGAGUUCAAGGCCAAGCUUGUGAUUGAGGCCAUGAAGCAUUGUGAUGCUCUUGAGAAAGAUGCUGGAGUGUCGCUUCGUUGGAUGGGACGUCUUCCGAACUUUGGAGAUAAGGACAUGGGUGGCGAUGGUCCAGAAGGAGCGUACGUAUGCUCACUCCCACUUUCCCAUCUUAUUCUGACCAAGAUGAUCACUGCUGAGCAGAUUGAAGAGCAAUAUCCCUUCGAGAACCUCGAUCCCAACUGGAUCAGACUCUUCGCCCCGGAUAACGGAGUGAUCAACGUCCAACUCCUCCUCCCCACCUUGUACGGUCUCGCAAAGGACUACGGUGCCCAGGCAAAGCAGCACACUCAGGUGAAGCAGCUUCGUCCUCUAGACAGUAGCAAUAGGUCCAUCUGGGAAGUCCACACGUUGAUUCAUGAUAAGGAGGUCAUCUCCGGCUCUAACGCUCUGGUAGUGGGCGGCACCAGCGGCAUUGGCUACGCAAUCGCCAGCCGCUUGGCAACAUCCCCCAGUUACCAGUUCUCAUCCAUCACCAUCGUGGGCCGGACAAAACCGCAGGUCAUGCCAGCUGAGAAAGUCUCGUUCCGCUCUGUCGAUGCAACAUCAAUGCACGCGUUGAAAGAAUUUGCGCAGGAGUUCCGGAACAACAGCCAGAACAACCCUCUUGACCUUCUCGUGAUGACGCAGGGAAUCAUGUCAUUCGCGGGACGGACGGAAACACCUGAGGGAAUUGACAGGAAGAUGGCUCUGCACUACUACGGUCGUCAGCUCUUGAUCAGAGAGCUGAGCCCCAUUUUCAGCAAGGAUGCGAAGGUUCUUCUCGUGUUGGACGGCCUUAAUAGCAGUCCCGAGAAGCUGAACUGGGAUGAUCUCGACCUCAAGGAAACGUUCAGUCUUCCUCACGCGGCAAACCACUGUAUCACCAUGAAUGACGCAAUGGUGCAGUAUCACGCGCUUCAGAAACAGGGUACCCAACAUUUCUUCGCGCACGGUUAUCCCGGACUUGUAAACACAGCGACACCCAAGAACUCAGCAUGGUAUUUCCGAGCUGUGUCAAAGGUUGCUUCGAGAUUGGCCGGCCUGCAGCCUGAGCAGUGCGCUGAAAGACAACUUGAUGGGCUGUACAAAGCUGCGGAUGAGUUACGAUUGAAGGGCUUGUCCUGGGCUUGCAUCGAUAACCAUGGAAAGGUGAUUGGAGGGAAGAAAGAGUGGAGUGAGGAGGAGAGAAGGAAGAUUGCUGACCAUACUUGGGCUCUUGUUGAUCGGACGUGA